CUCUCCCAACAAAUCGAUUACUUUUCUGCUUGUCUUGGGAUCACCAAUACAUUUAAAAGCAGCUCUUCCCCCUCCCUCUUCAUAUUUCAUCAGCUUCUCAGAGCUCCAAAUAGCCAUAACCUCUGUGAGAGAGAGAGAGCGAGAGAGAGAGAGAGUGAUGGCUGCAGAGAGGGAGAGAGAUCAGACCCAUCAUCCAUAUGAUGAUUACACCUCAGAUGAAGAAGAAGACUACAUAGACAUGGAAGUAAGCUCCAAUUCGAACUGCAACUCCAACUGGUUCUUCACCCACUCAUCAUCAGCUUCCACCAGAGAGUUUGAGUUCCAAAUGUUGUCAACAAGCUCCAACUCCGAGAGAGAAACCACCACUUCUCCUGCCGAUGAACUCUUCUACAAAGGCAAACUCCUCCCUCUUCACCUCCCUCCCCGUUUACAAAUGGUCGAAAAGCUGCUUCUUCAAAACUCCAACAAUCAUAUUAUUGACAAAACAGAUAGCAGCAGCUGCUUAUUUGAGGAGUGUUUUAGCACCCCAUUGCCCACCAACACCUUCACCACUCCCUUAGCCAACACCCCCUUCGAAUCCUGCAACAUCUCUCCGUCCGAGUCCUGCCAGGUCAGUAGAGAACUCAACCCCGACGACUACUUCUUCGACUACUCCGGCGCCACUGCCGAGGACGACGACAUUACUAUCCCCAAAAGGUCCUGCUGGACCAGGAAGCUUGGUUCCAAGCUCAAGGCAUCCCGGGCUUAUCUCAAGUCUCUGUUCAGCAAACCAGGAGAUGAAACAUUUUCCGUUUCCAAGGCCAAAGAGUCUCUGGACAACAAGAAGCAUGCCAAUAAGAGCCCAUUUGGGCAGAUUCAGAUGCCAGCAGCAGGGAGCAGCUUCAACAAGGACAAGUUUGGUGCUGGCCACCGGCGGUCCUUCUCCGGGGCGAUCAAGCGGCUCUCUGCGGCCAAAUCUUCAUCUUCCUCUUCCUCAUCCUCUUCGUUCUCGUCUUCGUCUUCGUCUUCUUCCUCUUCGAGCUCCAGCAACUCGAAUUGCUCCCAGUAUGACUCGCAGUUUCUCAAGAGAAGCAGCAGCAUGAAUCAAGACAUUGAGAACUCGAUUCAGAGUGCCAUUGCUCAUUGCAAGAGAUCACAGCAGAAUUUGCAUUCCAGAAAGGCUGCAAGUGAGGCUGGUUUCUGCUCAUUGUCAGCAGCAGCCUCCAGACUAGUUUAUGAGGAUCAAGAGAGGCCAGGACUUUGCAGAGGCUGAGGGGGAGAGAAUUUUUUUGACUGUGUUAAUCAUAUGAUGACGAAGAUGUGUUCUUUUUAUUCCUUUUUGAGUAUCAUUUGAUUCAGUGCAACAUUAAUUCAGAACCACCUCUUUUGCAGACUGCAGGCUGUAAUUUCUCGAACAGAUUUGUGUAAUUAAAACUUUAUGAGGUUCCAACUUCCACA